AAAGGACGCGCUACUUCUAUUAACUCUUGCAAUUUUGUACAUGACCGGUCAUAUUUUUUUAUGACCAUUAAUUUACGAAAAAAAACCUGACCGGUAUUUUUUCAUCUAAAUAGGUGAUGACACCUUAUUUUUACCGUAAAAUAAUCGAGAAAAAUUAUGACCGUAAUUUCACAACACAAGAUUAGACGAAAAAAAUUACGUCAAUUUACGGUAAAAUUACAGCAUUUUUGGGUAAUUUUAUUGAGAAUCUUACGGUGCGUUCUGAAAUCAACUGGUAGCCAAGAACACCCUAGGGCAGAGGCAGAGCUACUCACGAACUCGGUAGCGCAAACGAGAUAAAAGAUUGUUGACAGCACCGGGAGCUAAUAUCGGAACGCACCCUUAAUACCAGUAUUUUUUACAUCUCGAUCUACUUAGGGAGUUUUUAGCGCUGCGAGUUAAUUUCGGAACGCACUCUUGAUUCGGCGUGAACGUAGCGCACGACCGUCGCUGCUCUCAUCUUCGAAAUCUACGUAGCAACCUCCGCCGUAUUUCGACUUCUUGCUCGCACACACAUUUGUGAAAACCUUCGGCCACUUCGGUCCACUUUUCAAAUUUUCUGCGUGAGUCAUGAAAAUACGCAUAGUGCCCUUGGUACCCGUCACCUUGCUACAUUUGCCGGCAAUCGUGGUAGCGAGGGUGAUAGCCCAAGAUUCCGGCAAUGAAAACUCGGGCGAUCAUGGGUUUGGCUUGUCAUACAGAUGGAGAAGUGUAUCCGGUGGUUUUACAGAGGCUAAGAAAACACGAAAACCGAUAAUGGUAGUAGUCCACAAGCUCGGAUGUCCAGCCUGCGCAAAUCUCCGUCCGAAAUUUGCCAAUUCUCUAAAACUACUCGACUUGAGCCAGCAUUUCGUCAUGGUCAACGUCGAGGCUUCGGGCGAAAAACAGCUGCCGGAUAAAUUUGUCCCGGAUGGUGCUUACGUUCCAAGAAUCCUAUUUUUUUGCCCUGACGGUAAAUUACUGCGUGAGAUUGACAACCAGGACCCAAAUCGAGAACCGAAUUACAAGUAUCACUACUGGAACGUCGGACAGAUCGUUGAUUCGAUGCUCAGAGUUUUGAAAAUGUUUCCACAGAUGUCGACCCAUUGUUACCCUACUUGCAGGACGGAGUUCAAGAGACAAGAUCUGUAG